AUGGACCAAGAGAGGAAGAAAAGCAACUCCUCCCCAGAACUUGCACUGCGAGAAGCAGAACACGAAGAAGAACGGGAUGAGGAGAAGAUCGACAAGUUCUUUGCAAUUAUCAAAAGGCUGAGAGAGGCUCGCCAUGUUUCUUCUUCAAGCACCCUGCAACAGAUGGAGGCACAAAGGGAGAAGAAGGCAAAGAAGAUCCAGGCCCCCUGGACUCCUUCCUUCCAGCUUGAAGAUUUUGCUGGACUUGCUGGUUUGAGAACAGCUGGAACCUGCACCACCACAGAGAAAGAAAUAUGUGCACAGGAAGAGAAACACGAAAUAGACCUCAACCUUGCCUUGUAG